AACUAAUGCAGAAGUGCAGUGAGCUAGUACAUAUCUGUAAUUAAGAUAAAAACGCAGCAAAUGCUUCUCGAAGCACGGUUCUUGCAGUAAUAAUUUAAUUCCGAAUUCCCGCAGUCAUCACUGAAUUCACGUCACACGUGCAUGACCCGUUAACGGGAAAUUACCAGGCUUUUGAAUGUGAACGGGCAUCUUAAAAUUAAUUAUGUGCUUAUCGUCGAAUUUGUACAGUACUCUGUGCUGCACUUGAUGAAAAUAAGCGCUGCCUAGAUUUCUUGGUAUUAUUUUCCAGAAUUUUGCUUGCAGCCUUGAGUAGCAAGCGGCGUUUUGUGCAUAAAUUCUGUGAUUCGAAUUCAUUGUUAACUAUUAGACGAGAUCUGGCAAUGGUGGACAAGGUCACAGGAGCGAUGGAAAGCAACACGUUAACCGACUCUUCGUUGCAUUCACUUGGCGGUGUGCCGUUCAUAAGUUUAAGUGUAACUGCAGUCAUUUUGUUUUUCUCGUGGUACUAUCGCAAAUAUCGCAAUGUUCCUCCUGGACCAUUGGGGCUCCCAUUUGUGGGAUAUGGGCCACUAUUGGGUUCCGAUCCACCGGCAAAAAUGUUGAAACUGAAAGAGCGCUACGGCAAGGUGAUGAGCAUGAGCUUCGGACCACAACUGACCAUCGUGCUCAACAAUUACGAAGCGGUCAAGGAAGCCUUCAUCAAACAAGGCGACAAAUUCAUUGGCCGCCCGUCGACCUUCAUGUUCGACCUUUUAACCGAGAAAUUCCGCGAUGGACGUGUGCAUGGCAUUGGAGCCCUGGAAGGCGAAGAAUGGAAGCAAACCCGUCGAUUCACCCUCCAAACUCUGCGAGAUUUAGGAAUGGGCAAGCACGCCAUACAGAAUCGUAUUUUGGAGGAAGCCGAACACUUAGCCGGCGUUUUCCAGGAAAACGUCGGCAAGCCCUUUAGCGCUACGGAAACCCUGCACGGCGCCACCUGCAAUGUGGUCAGCACGCUGUGCUUCGGUCAGCGCUUCGAAUACAACGAUCCCGAGUUCCGUGCCGUUAUACACCAACUGGGCAUCUUCGCUGUUUUACUGGCGCAAGCCGGACCGCUGCAGGCUUAUCCCAUGUUGCGCUUCCUUCCGGGACCGUUAGCGCGGACAUACGCCAUGUGGAUAGACAUGCAGAAGAAGAUCACGGAUUUCACCAAGAACCAAAUGGAGAAAAUCCGCCGGAUUCGCAGCACCGACAAGGAUAGUAUCGUGCCGAGCUAUGUUGAUUCGUUCUGGGAAGAAAAGGAGCGCCUGGAGGAGUCCGGCAGUCAACUGGAGCGUAGUAAAAUCUUCCAAGAUCUGGAUUUACAAAUUAACGUGCAAGGUCUAUUUGGAGCGGGGACAGAAACGACCGCGACAACGCUUAACUGGACAUUUUUGUUUAUGCUUCAUCAUCCGGACGUUCAAGCAAAAGUACACCAAGAAAUCGAUGAACAAGUGGGACGAGAGCAUUCUAUCACGGUCGAUGAUCGAACAAAAUUACCGUACCUGGAAGCAGUCUGCCGAGAAAGCCAGCGAAUGGGCAAUGUUGUACCGUUCGGCGUAAUACGCUGCAACACGGAAGAAACAGAACUGUUCGGCUACCGCAUUCCGGACCGCAGUUACGUCAUGGCCAACUACAAGGGAAUUAACAUGGAUCCAACAUUGUGGCCGGAGCCGGAAGUGUUCCGACCCGAGCGAUUUCUUAACUCCAAAGGGCAACUCGAGGAACCGCCAUAUUUUAUGCCUUUCGCCACUGGUAAACGGAGUUGUGUUGGGGAAGCCUUGGCACGAAUGGAAAUAUUCCUGUUCUUCGCCAAUAUCCUGCAGCGCUUUGAACUGAAGCCAGCAAAGGGACAACAACUGCCCCCUGUGGAUAAGUACGUAACCGGCAUCUCCUGUCAACCACUUCCCUUCGAAAUGAUCAUUCGUCGCCGCGAUUAGCUAUGAGCAAUAAAGGAUGUUAACAAAAUGAACAUUUUUGGAUAUCUGUUACGUAACAUUACCAAUUUUUAAAGGAGAAUGUCGCUAAUUCCAGGGAAUUUUUAUGCUUACAAAUCUGCCUUAUGCGCACAGCUCGCUUGAUUCUUUUGAAAUUUUAUAAUUCUGGCCGUUAUUGUCGUUUAUUAAAAAUGUCUUUCGGUUG